CAAUAUCAAUACUGGCCCGAAAUCGCCCAAACCCUAAAUAGAUUUCCCCUGUGUGUAAACUGAAAACGUAGCAGCAGCAGCUUUGAUUUUCAGCAUUUGUCUGUGACUAAUUUGUCAGUCUUGAAUAGCAAUGAAGGUUGUCGCAGCUUACUUGUUGGCCGUCCUUGGUGGCACCGCAUCUCCCUCAGCUGAGGAUGUGAAGGGCAUUUUGAGCUCUGUUGGGGCUGAUUGUGAUGAGGAAAGAAUUGAGCUGUUGUUGUCUCAAGUUGCCGGAAAAGAUAUCACUGAGCUGAUUGCUGCCGGGAGGGAAAAAUUGGCUUCAGUGCCUGCAGGUGGUGGUGGGGUAGCUGUUUCCGCUGCUACUGGUGGUGCAGGCGGUGGUGCUGCACCUGCUGCUGCCGAGGCGAAGAAAGAAGAAAAGGUCGAAGAGAAAGAAGAGUCUGACGAUGACAUGGGCUUCGGGCUCUUUGACUAGGAUUUGCAAAUGCAGAGAAAUUUUCUGAUAUGAUUUUGGCAUUGGAAUUUUGUAUCCGGAUAGUGUUCUUGGGUUUAAGAUUUAUACAUCUUUCAUGGUUUUGUUA